UAUGACACCAAACCCUAAAGCAAAAACCCCAACAAAACAAAAACAAAAAAACAAAAAAAAUCCCACCCACGUUUCCGCGUGCACCUAAUUACGAUAAUUCCGAAAUUCCAUUAUCGUAAAAGAUCUUCGAAAUGAGUGACGAGUACCUGAGCAAGCCGCUAUCCUUCGGAGCACCAGAAUCCCGGGGAAUCGCCGGAACCCAACAGCUACAGCCUCUGUCCCCGUAUCUGAAUUAUGAUUCGCGUUUGUUGCAGGCGCAGCCCGAGUUCAUCUUUCCAGAAGGCGCAUCAAAACAACGGGGCCGUUUCGAACUCGCUUUCUCGCAGAUCGGCUCCUCCGCUAUGAUCGGCGCGUGUAUCGGGGGAAUGGGCGGUUUGUACAACGGACUCAACGCGACCAAAUUAGCCAACCAGACUGGCAAGCUACGCCGAACUCAAUUAUUAAACCAUGUGAUGAAGCAAGGAGCAGCGACCGCCAACACGCUCGGUACGAUAGCCGUUAUGUAUUCGGCCUUCGGGGUGCUCCUGCAGUGGGCACGUGGAGAGGAUGAUGACUUCAACACUAUCGCAGCUGGUGGUGCUACUGGGUUGCUGUACAAAUCCUCUGCUGGUAUCAGGAAAUGCGCCCUGGGCGGCGGCGUUGGCUUGGCUCUAACUUCCUUAUACGUUCUGUGGAGCAUGACAGGCGGUGGAUCACGAAAGUUAAGCGACCUAAAAUCCCAAUAUAUAUAAAUAUGGAGAAGGAUAACAUAAUCAGGUUUAAAGAACAUUGGCUGAUAAGGCCAAGCAGCAACAGAAAGCGAGCAUUAAACUUAUUUCCUUAUUAGAGGCUCGGUCUGUAUGUAAUAGCGGAGUAAAAAGGUACUUCUGUAAGAUGCGUUUCCAAAACAGCCCAAUACCAAUCCAAUAAAAUGAUUUCGAACUCGUAA